UCUAGUGCUGAUAAGGAGCCGAAGCUGGAAGCGGUUUUAUAUUUGUGUAGCAGAUAAAUCUCUGAGCUGCUGAAGUAAAAAUGUGUUCAAUGGAGUAUCUGAGAGAGUUUGUUAAGGAGAGACUAACUGCUGCGGCGGAAGAAAUAUUCGGAGCCUUUGUGAAAACCAUCGUCGAGAAUGAGGCAGAGAUCAGUCAGCGCAUACUGCGGGAUAUCACCGUGAAGUUCCCCAAAAUAAAGUUACACAGAAUAGAUCUACCACAGCAGGAUGUGUGCAGUACGGAUAAAGUUCUCAUAGACCAGCAGCUCUGUACUGAGGAGAGGAUCUCCAGUUUGGACCAGGAGGAAGCAGACUCUCUGCUGAUUAAAGAGGAACAAGAGGAGCGCUGCUUCACUGAGAGUGCAGAGCUGCAUGUACUGAAGCAGGAAACCAGCAACUUCAUGGUGACUUGCAGUAAUGAGGAAAGUGACCUUAAUGAACCUGAAACAAACACUGACCAGUUCAUCUCUCACAACUCUCCUGUAGUUAAGAACCAUUACCAGGAAGUAAGCAACCAUGUGGACUCAGGAAUAACAAGCAAUGCAAAGCUGAAGCCAAAGAAGAGACAACACCGAAACAAAAGUUACAAUGUCCACAACUUUCCCUUCUCAGAGAGUGACAAUAACAUUACUACAGAACAAUAUGCAUGCAAGGAGGAGGUUCUUGAUGACAACUGGCUCUUUAACCUGGAGAAUAACUCUGGUCUGGACCACGAGGACCUAGGAUCUCUACAAAUUAAAGAGGAACAGGAGGAACUCUUUACAAAUCAGGAGGGAGAGCAGCUUGUACUGGAGCAAACAAACAAUCCAUUUACAGGAACUUCAAUUUUUGAGGAAAUAAAUUCCUGUAAACAAGAGCCCAACAGUUGCCAAAUCCUCCCUCAUAAAUCUCUGUGCCAGAAAAGAACAGAUGAGAAACCAUAUUCUUGCAACACCUGCGGGAAGAGAUUUAAAUAUGUAUCAACACUGAAAGUACACAUGAGCAUUCACACAGGUGAGAAGCCGUUCUCUUGUGAAGCAUGUGGGAAAAAAUUCAGGAGAAAAGAUAACAUGUUGGUCCACAUAAGAACUCACACAGGUGAAAAGCCUUUUCCUUGCAAUAUCUGUGGGAAAGCGUUUAGUGACCGAUCAAAUCUGAUAUGUCAUGUUAGAUAUCACACAGGCGAGAAGCGACAUUCUUGCGAAACAUGUGGGAAAAGGUUUUAUCAUAAAGGUAAUUUGACUGUCCACAUGGCAACUCAUACAGGUGUAAAGCCUUACCACUGCAGCACGUGUGGAAAAAGAUUUAUCCGCUUAGAAAAGCUGAAGAGCCACAUAAGCACUCACACAGGCGAGAAGCCAUAUUCUUGUGAAGCGUGUGGGAAAAAUUUCCGAAGACGCGAUAAAGUACUGAACCACAUGAGAACACACACAGGUGAAAAGCCUUACCCCUGCAAGAUCUGUGGGAAACCAUUUAGAGAUGCAUCAAAUUUGAUCCGUCAUGUUAGAUUUCACACAGGUGAGAAGCCAUAUUCUUGUGGCACAUGUGGAAAAAGAUUUACACAGAGCGGUAAUUUGACUGCCCACAUGCGAACGCAUACACGUGUAAAGCCUUACCAAUGCAACACAUGUGGGAAAAGAUUUGCCUGCAUAUCAAAAUUGCAAAGGCACACAAGUACUCACACAGGUGAAAAGCCAUAUUCUUGUAAAACCUGUGGAAAAGGUUUCAUUCAAAUGAGGGACUUGACUGUCCACAUAAGGACCCAUACAGGUGAUAAGCCGUAUUCUUGUGAAACGUGUGGUAAAGGUUUCAGUCAGAACAGUCAUUUGAAUGUCCACAGGAGAACUCACACAGGUGAGAAGCCAUUUGCUUGCAAAAUCUGUGGUAAAAGUUUCAGCCAGAAUAGUCAUUUGACUGUCCACAUGGCAUCUCACACAAGUGAGAGUUCUUAUAAAACAUUUGGAGAACGUUUUACUCAAAGUGGUCUGACUGUUCACAUGAGAACUCACACAGCUGAGAGGCAGCACCUUUGCGAGGCCCCCAGCAAAGGUUUCAGUUCCAUGUCAGCACUGACAGAUCACACCAGGAUCCACACGGAUGAGGGGGCGUAUUCUUGCAAAACAUCCGAGAAGUUGUAGUCAGAGCAGUGACUGAUGGUGUACGUGAGAAAUUAUAAAUAAAAGCUUCAAAGCUUAAGGACGAGGUCCAUUCCAUGAGCUUUGAUGUCAGCACUGAGUCCUGCAAAACAUGAAAGAUUUCACUUGAGACAAAACAAAUAGGGGAAAAUUACAUUGAAAUAAAAAUGCCACAUGAGUGUUGUCAUUAAGAAGUGGGGAGAAUACUGCAAAGACCUGGCACAGAACUAGACCUGGGCCUUCAGUGGAUCCAUCACCUCUUCACUGAAGCCUCAUCAAAAAUGGUCUCAUUGGAAGGGCGGCUGUUCUCGAGGAAGGGAAACUGGGAGAAAAACCUGAAGUAUGCCAAAUUAUAGAAGAACUACUGAAAAUGAGGUCGUGUGGAGUGAUUAAUCCAAAUUUGUGGUUCAAAUUGUCAUUGUGUGUAUGGAGGAGGUCAGGAGAGAGGAGCGUGUUUUCAGCCACGCUGUUAUGCAUUUCAGCCAGUGAUGUUGGGGAUCUUGUCAAAAUUGAAGGAGUUAUCGUAGCAGGAAAGUACGGUCCAUGCAUCUGGAAAGAAUCUGAUUGGCAGCAGCUUUUUUUUUCACCAUGACAAUGAUCCCAAACACAUUGUCAGUGCAAUCAAACCUGGAUAGAAAAACACAUUGUGCAACACUAUCAAUCAUGGAUUGGCCUCCCCAGGGCCCAGACCUGAGCAUUAUGGAAGCAGUGUGAGAUAAUGAAUGGAACAAAAGGCAGCCAGCAUCCAAAGAAGAACUUUGGAGUGUCCUUAGCGAAGCCUAGAGAACUAUUCCUGAAGACUUAAAAUAUAAUUAAGGCUGGGUUGAAGAAUAAUGGUGGUCAUAUUGAUUUUCAAGCUCAAUAGAAUUGUACAAACUUUGUUUUUACCUUAUGUACUGUAUUUCUGUUUGUUUGCAUGUCUUAAUAAAUCACUGCACCCAUUUUCAAGCAAAAUGUAAAGAAAUGAGAGGUUGCUCAAGACUUUAGCACAGUACUGUAACACUGUGUGUGUGUGUGUGUGUGUGUGUGUGUAAAUUUACUAUUUCUUUUGAAAAAAUGUGAAAUGACAUCUUGUGUAAAUAGGUCUAAACUUUAAAACAAAAUUAGAAUUUUGACAUGGAUUUAUCAGUUUACACAUGGGACAACAACUCGAGCGUUGUUUUAUAGAUAAUAUUUGUCUCCAUUUUGCUAAGUGACACAUGGAAUUGGCUAUUAGUGAGUUUUUGCUACUAAACUCUAUUGACAGAUACCUCUACAAGGUAGUUAGUAAACCCAAACUUUAUUUUUUUAAAGGUAAAUAGAUGGUGUUUCUUUAGAAAUUUGGCAGUACAAUAAAACUGGACAAAAGCAUGAGACACGUCACCGAACUUUGACAUUUAGGAUUUUUUUUUUACCAGAGGAACACAAACUUCUUGAACCUUAUUUUUACUGAAAAACUGUGUGUACAAAAUUGUGUAUAUUCUUUGUCAGUACAUGACCUGGAGAUGUAACUGUAAAUUCUACCUCAGUAGUGUUUGGAUUAUGUUUUCUCCAUAGAAUCCUCCCUGCUAACUAGUCUUUAUUUUUAUUGUUUUACAAUGUUUCAUCUUGUUUCUGUUUUGCAGUCAGAUAAACUUGGCAGUAUUGUCAAAGGUGCUAUAGAAAUGAACUACAAAUUAAUUUUGUCUGAGGCUUUUAUAAGAAUGUCUUUCCAGUGCUCAUUAGUCAAAAUGAUGUUCAUGAAAUGAUGGACUGACUGACUGUUGUAACCAUGAGCAUCAUUAGACUAAAUGGUGUAUAUAGUGUUCAAUGCUUGUUGUUUUUCCAAAUGUGUAUUCUAACAUUAAAGCUUCAUAAAGUUAUAAGGA